AUGAGUCACGACGAAAAUGAACAGGGCAAUGAAUUAGGUCCAAGCACUGAUGGCAUUAACCCAUCUAUCAAAGUGAUUUCUUCUCAGGGAGAUUUGAUCCUCGAGUACAUUGCUCCUGGCGAUUCUGUGCCAACAACCCGGAAAUGGCAGGUGGAAAGCAAGCUGCUCAGCUCCAAUAGCCCAUACUUCCAUGCUCUGCUAGACCCUAACAAGUUCUCUGAGGGAAGGCAAUUCAUUGCUCAAAAAAAAGCCUGGAUCGAAUCUCAAGACUCAAAAUCCGACUUGCAGCAUAUGUUACCCACUGUGAGACUGCCCAGUGGUAUAUUGACCGACUUGUGUGGGGAUGACUCCAUUGAGCUGUUCUUGCAAAUUCUAUGUCUUGAAUCUCUGAACGAGGAACAAAGUAUCUCAUUUAAAGACGAAUUGAAGUCCCUGUCUCCAUCGCUUGUUGCGAGGUUGAUUGAUCUUGCUGAUUCUUUCAACUCUCCGCGUAUUGUUCAAGACGUGCUGAAAAAUUCUGGAUAUUCAUAUGGCAAGACUAAAUCUUCACUCAUUGCUAAGAUUACCCUUUCAACGUUGCAAAUGAAAGAGGAUCGGAUUCGGCAGAUCAUUUUGAUAUCUGCCUAUCUCAAUGACACAAAAGUUACCAAAGUCAUGACUCACGCUUUGUUGGUCAUUGGAUCUAGAUUUUGGAUCAAUGGACUGGAGUAUCCGGAAGAAAAGACUCUGCGCUGGCGUUAUUUACCAAACGGCCUCGAAGGUAAGCUUUCAUCUGAGACUUUCAAAAGACUAUCCAAUUACUUAAUCCGAUUACCAAUAGAGGAAAUGUACUACAGGCGCCAAUGCGUCAUGAAUACCAUAACCGAUUUGCAAGCCUAUUUCUUACGAGUCUACGGAGGUCUCGAGGAUCUUGAUAGUACCAAACCAGCACCCAACACGAGAACACCAGGCGCAGCAUUUACAACAUCAGCGCCCUUGACUGUUCAUCUCCGUCAAUUUCAAUGUCGAGGUGGAUUAAAUAACGCCAGCCAAUGUGAUCUCUUUCAACUAGGCCAAAUGAUACGGUUUUUUUCACUGCGCGCCAAAACCAUCUUCCUGGGAUCGACGCUGAUAGACCCCGACUUCAGCGCAACGCCCAAUGAAGAGAGCUACAGUGUCGGGGAUGGGAAAGAUGGACACUCAAGCAAGGCCCCUGCAGGUCCGCCGUCUGACGUAACCGCUAUCAUAGCUUCCCUCAAACAAUAUCCUGAUUACCCUAUCGACGAAGCCCAUUCUGGCUGCGGAGUCCGGCGCCGAAUCAUGGCUCCGUUGGAGUGUAUUGAAAAAUUUAUCUGGGAUGAUCGCGGUUUGCUUGGUAUCAAUUUCCCAGUCUCGGAUUCUUCGGCAUCGGAUAUCUCCCAGCCAACGCGGUGGAUACCAUGGGCAGACCUGGUAAACAAGAAGCAAACGGUUGAGAUUUCUUUUGCGAGGGUCACUGCCGUCUCCUAUCCAUCGAUGCCACAAAAGAAUCAAUUGAGCCGCUCCACGCCGCAAGAGGAAGUUGGACGGCUAUUGUUUAGUGCAGCUAAGCGAGAUUGGACAGGGUCUUCCGGAUGA